AUUCAAAAGCUUGGUGCAUGGUGCCAAAGUUUCUUUUUUCCCGUUUUGCCUACAGGAUGGCAUUCUUAAAAUGCCUCUGCUCUGCAAAGAAUGAGAUUAUUCUUUUCUCUACUCCUUUCCUUCUUCUUCCACUACCUUUGGUCAUUGGGACGCCGCAGGCAGAAUGUGCCUAUGUGAUCAUCCUGAUGGCGGUGUAUUGGUGCACGGAGGUGCUGCCGCUGGCCGUCACCUCUCUGUUCCCGGCUCUCCUUUUCCCCUUGUUUGGCAUCAUGAAGUCCAAAGAUGUGUGCAUGCAGUACCUGAAGGACACAAACAUGCUGUUUGUGGGUGGGCUCAUGGUCGCGGUUGCAGUGGAGCACUGGAAUCUGCACAAGCGCAUUGCUUUGAGGGUGCUGCUCUUUGUUGGAGUGCGUCCGGCGCUUUUGAUGUUGGGAUUCAUGGGCGUCACAGCUUUCCUGUCCAUGUGGAUCAGCAACACUGCCACCACAGCGAUGAUGGUGCCCAUUGUCCAAGCAGUGCUGGAAGAGCUCAACAACAGUGAAGCCAACAUACCUCAGCUCAUCAGUUCCGAGGAUCAGUCCCAGACAGCAGAGACGGACAACAAACAGCCUCCCCAGACAGAGAAACAAGGCACAGUGGUGGUGACCUUCUUGGAUGCUGCCAUGGAGGCUACCAGGCAUAAGGAAGCAGCAGAAAGGAAAAAGAUGUGUAAGGGUAUGACACUGUGCAUUUGUUACGCUGCCAGCAUCGGAGGCACUGCCACACUGACAGGGACCGGCCCCAAUUUGGUGCUCAAAGGCCAGAUGAACCAACUCUUUCCGGAAAAUGCAGAUGUCAUUAAUUUUGCGUCCUGGUUUGGCUUUGCCUUCCCGAACAUGGUCCUCAUGCUCACGCUGGCUUGGCUUUGGCUGCAGUUUGUCUUCAUAGGCUUCAACUUUAAGAAGACAUGGGGGUGUGGUUCCGUGAAGACUGAGAAGGACAUUGCCGCCUAUAACGUGAUCCAUCAUCAGCAUCGGCAGCUGGGCCCCAUGUCCUUUGGAGAGAUGAGUGUUCUGGGACUUUUCAUCCUCCUGGUGGUGUUGUGGUUCACAAGAGAUCCAGGCUUUUUCCAUGGCUGGGCCACAAAUAUCUUCAACUCUGAAGCAGAGUAUGUGAGCGAUGCCACAGUGGCUGUGUUGAUUGCUGUUCUUCUUUUUGUUCUGCCCUCUAAACCCCCACAUUUCUGUUCAUGGAGGAGUCAAAGUUUUGACACAGUGCCUGGUCCAAGUACUGGCUCAACGUCGGCAUUGCUCACCUGGAAAGUGGUCCAAAAGAAGUUACCAUGGGGCAUUGUGUUGCUGCUUGGAGGAGGUUUUGCACUGGCCAAAGGCAGUGAAGACUCGGGGCUCUCAAAGUGGAUAGGCGAGCAAAUGACUCCCCUGCAAAGUAUACCUCCUUGGGCAAUCGCUAUCAUCUUGUGCCUCCUGAUUGCUGUCUUCACAGAAUGCACAAGCAAUGUGGCCACUGCGACUCUCUUCCUACCUGUCUUGGCGUCAAUGUCGCAGUCUAUUGGAAUCAAUCCACUCUACGUCAUGGUGCCCUGUACUCUGAGUGCUUCCUUCGCCUUCAUGCUGCCCGUCGCUACGCCACCAAAUGCCAUCGUCUUCUCCUAUGGAUACCUCAAGGUUGCUGACAUGGCGAGGACAGGAAUUGUCAUGAACAUCAUUGGCAUCCUCUGCAUCACAUUGGCCAUAAACAGUUGGGGCAAAGCCAUGUUUGACCUGGACUCCUUCCCAACAUGGGCCAACAUGACCGGGGUGUGAGACUGGUUCUGUCGUACGAAAUGUUCCACGCACACCCUGCCCUCCUUACCAUAGGUGCCCAACAACGACCUCUGGUCAAAGUGACAGCAUUCGGAUGACCUCGUGAACUCGCCAGUGGUGUUAGGAUUCAAGCGUUUGGCGGGUUAAUUUCACUGAUGUCAGCUGUGACUUUUGAAUAAUAAAUAUAAGCGGAAGAAGUGUUUAAGCAGUGAAAUUCAAGUAUUUUUUUUAUUUCCAUUUACGUAAUGGACUUACACUUUGAAGAUGAUUGCUCACUCCCAUGAGGAAUCAUAGACAGCAGGACGGCAUUGUUGUCCUUGAAAAACACUCUGAAGUAUUCAGUUAUAGAAACAAUUAAACCCAAUGUUUCCAAUAAUAAAAAAAAAUCAAUAGGUCAAAAGUGAAACUGUAUAGUCAUAUUCAGCAAUGUAGCCAUCUUAACAACAAUAA